GUCAUACAAUCAACUACACCCAUACCUUAGCCUCUCAGCGACUGCUUUGCUUUGGAUACAAGUCGCUACAUUUUUGUCAAUAACAGACGGCAUUAGGAAAGCAAUUGCGGACGUUUCAAGGAUCAAAUGGGAGAAAGGACCAUCGGAGGUAAAGGACGGAAGAUUGCACUGACUUUCGAUCAUUAGGCCACAGCCUCGGAAGACACUCAAAAGCCAGUAGAGGGAGCUGCAUGUCUCAUAAGGGUGAGACUCUGUCUCCAGCCCAUUCAAGACGCAAGCACAGCCAGGGGUCUGUAGUCACCCAGACUGAAUACCCAGCUGCCCACUGUAAAGGGGCACAAUUGCACUCUCAGUCAUGAAGGUAUCCUCAGUCGUCCUGGUGGUGAUUACGACAUACACCUGGAUGUGUCACGCAAAAGUAACUUCAGUGGAGCCUCCUGACAACGUCACUGUGUCUGACCUGGGACUGCUUGGUCAGCUGAUGAUCCUGUGGUCCCCGCCGGCCAGUCUGCAGAAUGUGACCGAUUGUGCAGUGCGCUACCAGCUGGAGUACUUUAACACCUAUAGAAAUCAGUGGAGGGGUGUCAGAACUUUCCGGACGAGCUUGCGAGCCCAGUUUGACCUUGAGCGGGACGUGCAGGUAAAGCUGCGCACCAUGCUGAGGGGGAAGUGCACAGGUGGCGUGGAGCGCUCCAGCAGCACCUUGGAGCUGGUCUGGCCUCCACACCUGGCUGGUGCGGUGGGCAGUAGGGUGCAGGACUUCAGCUGUGUGUUUCACAUGAAGGAGUACAUGGAAUGCACCUGGGACAGGGGACCUGACGAGCCCCCGCACUCCAAGCACUUCCUCUACUACUGGCACAGUGGCUUGGAGUCCGUGGCAGAGUGCCCAGAGUAUAUUCCGCAAAGCGGCGACCGAAAGGGUUGUCUGUUCCCUCGAGACACAGUCAAAGAGUUCACUGACUUCAAUGUGUGUGUGAAUGGAUCAUCACCCGUGGGACCUAUCAGACCAGCCUAUUUCAACAUGCAAGUCCAAAAUUAUGUGAAGCCGGGGUUGGUGGAGUCCGUGACCCUGGAGGCCGUUGAGGAGGGCGAGGAGCUGGUGCUGGAGUGGAGGCCUACAGAGGGACACAUCCCACCCCACUGUCUGGAGUAUGAGGUCAUGUCAGAGCACACCAACCAGGAUGGGACGAUAUGGACGAUGGUGAAUGUAACUGAGGAUACCUCCCUGGUCUUGCCGGCAAAACAGCAGAGCUGUGCUCGGAUGCGGUCCCACGUGCACAAAUACUGCUCCGACAGCAGCUUCUGGAGUGACUGGACUCAGUGGCAUUGUCUGCCGGUGGCAUCCAUCCAAGCAAAAGUCAGCCCAGCGAUGGACAUCGCACUGAUCUGCGUGUUGGUGGCCUCUGCAGCGGCAAUGCUCUCUCUUUGUAUGUCACUGUGGAUGUUCAGAAAAAUGUGGAUGAAGAGAAGUGAGCAGAAAAUGUUGAACAGCUCUCUCUUCUGGGAGAACCAACAACACCUGAAACUGUCCCCAGCUUUGAGCCAUCCCUGACCUGAACUACCCCAGAGGCUUCAAUCCCUGCUUCAGCUUUGCACUGUUGGAGUCAGCCCACAUGCCUGAGGGGGGGGGGAGUGCUAGAACACAUGUUGGAGCAUAUGCUGGCCUUUUCCGAGCACCAGAAAACCAAACAGACUGAUGACUGGUGGAUUCGGGCUGUUGACUGAUGACAGUGGAAAUUAAUUCAGUGGUUUUCUUGCUAUUGUUUGCCAUAAGAAUAUUUCAACAUGACUUUCAUUACUCUGGUUUAGGUGUUUUACUUGGCAGAUUUCAUGUCCCAAUAAAUCAGAGAGUGGUCAAUGAGAUGUUUUUAGAGCAUAGCAGCAUGUCACAGAAGCUGUCAUUUAAGAUCAGAGGUGCCAUGAUAAUAAUUCAUUUGAUAACAUGGUUAUGGAUAUGGUUAUGUUAAGUUUUCUAAGUCAAUGUCAUCAGUAUUGGCCAGUUGAAUGUUAGACUUCGAAUUAGUCUAAUGUGAAGUUUCCACAUUAAUUCUGUUAAAGUUACUCAAAAAAGCCUGUUGUCUUGCCAUAUUUUAAAAUGGAAAGAAGAAAGAAAGAAGAAAACUAUUUAUCUUGUUUUGCACUGUAUACAGAGUUAGUUUAGCUGCGAAUUAUAAUACAUAAUUUCAUUUGUACUAUUAUUGUUCUCUUUUAUUGCAAGAAAUGUAUACUGUUUUGUGGUUCAUAUUAGGCUUUAAACCUGCUGCAAUAAACAUGUAUUGAAGACUGAAA